UCUCAAAUCCACCAUUUUCCCUUUGUAACUAACCGGUGUUCAAAACACGUGUCGCGUGUUAAAAUAGCAGAAUGAACACCGAGAAACUCAAAAAAUUGCAGUCACAAGUCCGCAUAGGCGGCAAGGGAACUCCGAGGCGUAAGAAGAAGGUCGUCCAUGCGACCGCCGCCACAGAUGACAAGAAACUGCAAUCAUCUCUUAAGAAAUUAUCAGUAAACACUAUCCCCGGCAUUGAGGAAGUGAAUAUGAUAAAAGAUGACGGCACAGUAAUACAUUUUAACAACCCGAAAGCUCAGGCAUCGCUUGCAGCGAACACUUUCGCUAUUACCGGUCAUGGAGAGAAUAAGCAAAUAGCUGAGAUGCUCCCCGGUAUUCUGAGUCAACUGGGACCUGAAGGGUUAAAUCAGUUAAAGAAAAUCGCGUCGAGUGUGGCGCCGCCGAAACCUCUCGACGAGGACGACGAAGUACCUAACCUCGUUGGUAAUUUUGAUGAAGCGUCAAAGCAGGAAGCUAAGGAGGUAGUCACUGAGGAUAAGGAAAAGGAAAAAGAAAAGGAAAAGAAACCAGAAACAGAAACCAAAGCCUCGGACAAAAAAGUUGAUUAAAUAGACCCCAUGAAAAAGAUCUAGUUUUUAAUUUUGCUCACCUGAUGAAGUGAACUUAAGUGGGUUUCCAAAGGCAUUGAGGUGUGUCUCAAAGAAAUAUUGGUUUUGUAUUUUAUGUUGUGUUCCUAAAUAGUUGCGUUCCAAUUUUGAAAUGUUCAGUUAUUGGUGAUGGUGCCUAGCGGUAGGGACACUAUUUUUUUUAGCUCAUGACUUUGGAAAUUCUCUGUACAGCCAACUCGAUAAAUGCUUUUUAUGCCAUGCACUAACAUUUAUAUUGUAAAAUGAAAAUAAUGGACUUCCCUUAAAUAGAAAUAGUUCAAAGUACCUAUUAAGAUAUUGGCAACAUAGAUACUGCAUAGUAUUAAAGAAUUAUUACAUAUAAUUUUUCUUUUCACAGCACAGGAAAUAAAAAUAUAAUUAUAUGUAUAGUGAAGAAAGGUGUCUAGUACACUUAUUAAUAUUUUAUAAAGAAGGAUUUUUCUAAAGUUGUUAAUUCAAACUGGUAUAAAGUAUAUGCUUUCUCAUUUCAAACUUAGUUUUAAACAAAGUGAACUUAGUCACAGACA